UGCCGGGAUGCUGGGCGGCGGCGGUGGCGUGGGGGGCGGGGGUCUCCUGGAGAACGUCAACCCCCUCAUCUAUGAGCGCUCUGGGGAGCGGCCAGUGACGGCGGGCGAGGAGGACGAGCAGGUCCCCGACAGCAUCGACGCUCGUGAGAUCUUCGAUCUUAUUCGUUCCAUCAAUGACCCGGAGCAUCCUCUAACGCUAGAGGAAUUGAAUGUAGUAGAGCAAGUUCGGGUGCAGGUUAGCGACCCCGAGAGCACAGUGGCUGUAGCCUUCACACCCACCAUUCCUCACUGCAGCAUGGCCACCCUUAUUGGCCUGUCCAUCAAAGUCAAGCUUCUGCGCUCUCUUCCCCAGCGUUUCAAGAUGGAUGUGCACAUUACCCCAGGGACCCAUGCCUCGGAGCAUGCAGUGAACAAACAGCUUGCAGAUAAGGAGCGUGUGGCAGCUGCCCUGGAGAAUACUCACCUGCUGGAGGUUGUGAAUCAGUGCCUGUCAGCUCGCACCUGAGCCUCACUUUUGGCUCCCAGCCUGCACACUGGUGUACCCGAUCCAGUUCCACACAGGGCUCAUGACUUUGUUUUCUUGAAUCACUGACAGUGAGAAGCUAACAUUUUGCAUUUUGUAAUAAACCCUUAAUUUAUAUUCAUUUCCCAGUA